GUAUUCUAAAAUAUGUGACCGCAGGACACAACCUAGUUCGAUGUAUAAGUAUUAAGUAGUGUAUAGUUUAAGCAGAUUUUAUGUUUUUUUUUUUAUUAUUUAUGAUUUUUUUUAUUAGUGUACAAUGUUGUUAAAUUGUGUUGUAAUGUUGUUUAUUGUGGGAUUUUCCCAUGUUCCUUACACAACAGCAUCACUUAGUUUAUACACAGACUCAAUGUCGUGUCGGAUGCCGCGGCUCGCCCACGGGAGAGUUCGGAUGAAGCAAAGGGCGCGAUUCGUGAAGUUCAUUUGCUUGCCACGGUACGAGCUGGUGGGGAACAAGUAUGCCACGUGCAGGGAUGGAAAAUGGGACGUGCCUAUGCCUGUUUGUGUUCGUCCCGGUUGCUUCAUACCCUCGGUUGCGAAUGGCAUCAGUUUACCCAGUAAUGGUGGCGCUUGGGUGAUGUACUUCUGCCUACCAGGCUUCAAGCUCGUAGGGUCCUCUGUGAUUAUAUGCGACGGUGUGCAGUGGAACGCAUCCGCGCCUACGUGUGUUGACAGCUCGCAGCCUCCACAGUUGAGUUGUGACUUCGAGAGCCCAGACCUAUGCGGCUGGAAACAGGAUGAGUUGCACGACUUCGACUGGAAGAGAUUGAAUAAGAGAACACCCAGCUCGUUCCUCUUCACAGGACCUUCUUUUGAUCACACUUUGGGAAUUGGAAGAGAUGGUUAUUACAUGUACAUAGAAAGCACCUCGAGAGUUGAGAACGAUACUGCGCGGUUAAUUUCUCCUAUAUUUGAUAAUUCAUUAACCGACGAUGGAUGUUUCUCAUUCUACUAUCACAUGUUUGGCAAAACAUGCGGCGGUCUUCGAGUCUACCAAAAACCAGAAAACGUUGAUAUGCAAACCAUGUUAAGUUCUGAAAAUCGAGAAAAAUAUAUUCUUUUCGAGAAAUGGGGUAAUUUGGGCGACGUGUGGUUCGACGAAGUGGCAAAGUUAAAGAAUUUUUCCGACAAUUUUCAGAUAAUAAUAGAAGGUGUACGGGGUUCGAGUUUUACCAGUGACAUAGCGAUCGAUGACGUGGCAAUCCUUCAGGGCAGUAACUGUUCGGAGGCCGCCAGUAAGGCUGUGACCCCUUCACCUAAAAUACCACCGGACUCGUGCGUUGGCCGCUGCGCUAUCAGACAGACGCAAGUCAACGAAAUCGGCUGCAACUGCUCACCCUACUGCCUCGCAGAGGACACGUGCUGUCCUGACUUCUUCGAAAUAUGCUUAUUUAUGACUGACUCCACGACGCCACUAGAUGACAUUGUUCCAGUGAAUGGCACAGAUCAAAUCGGGCCACAAACACAAAAACUCAUUCUCACAACACCAGAAACUACCUCGACUUCCACAACACCAUCUACUACUGUUACUACUACGGUUAAAACUACUUCUACUACUUCUUCUACUACAACUUCUACUACAACUUCUACUACUCCUAGUACAACUACUUCUACUUCAACAACCACCACACCGAAACCGACUACAAAAACAACACAAAAAACAACAACAAGAAAGCCCACUACGACGACUACCAAAAAACCGACUACAAAAGUUACUCCUAAAACUACAAUUAAAACUACCAUAAAAGCUACUAAGCCUACUACAAAAAAACCCACAACGACCACGAAAUCUACUACCAAAGUUUCCACUACAACACAGUUUUCUCAUGGUAUCUCAAGAACGAUCGAGAAUCAUAAUGUGUACCAUGAAAUGGUAGAAAAGGCUAAAAAAGAACAACAAGUUGAAACAAGGAAAAUUAAAUCGCAGAAACCCCAAGAAUCAAAAUCAAGCAAUACACUAAUCAUAUUGCUAACACUAUUGUUAGUAUCGGCUCUAUUCGGUGGCGCUGUGUGCGUGAGCAACAUCGCGCGGUCCGCACGCGUUCGGAUCGCGUUCGCCCGGCUCCGUGGUCGUGCUACCAACGACCAGGAGGUCCGGUAUCUAUCCACGGACGUUGAUGAUUAAUAAAUAGUUGUAAAUAA